GAAACGGGAACGGGACAGUUGCUUUCUUCAUUGAAUAAUCUAAAUAAUUAAUACGAAGUGGUGUUUUGUGGUUAAUGAUCGCAUUAAGUUAGUCGGAAGACAUUCGCGAGUGUUAUUAUAUAGAAGUAUUCAAUAAACAAAGUGUAUCUGCCUAUUUUCGCUUCGUGCCAGGAAGCCGCUUCAUAACUCGAAAGUUUAUGCGGACUUUUGAGUUAAUUCGUUUGGGGUUCGGAGUAGGAGUCUACUCCGAGGGUGGGGGCUUAGGUUUCAUCAUCAUCAUCUUUCAUCAUUUCAUCAAUCAUCAAGAAAAAAAUACGUAAGACAUGGCUGUAUGGGCAUAGUUCCCUUUGCCUUACCCUUCGGGGAAAACAAAAACAAAAAAAAAAAAAAAAUCAAUAUGUCAUAAUUCUCAUUUUCGUUUACGUCAAAAAUGGAGGAAGAUCGUCUCUUUGAUGAGAGAGUUUCUAUUCGAGAAUCUGCUCGUCCUCUGAAAAAAUACGGAAGCACAUGCAACCAUAUGAAAAGGAACGAAGAAUACAUAAAACAUGUGAUAUCAAAAGGUGAUACGUUGCAAGGGCUCGCUCUUAAAUAUGGUGUAACUAUGGAGAAGAUAAGGCGGGCGAACCGUUUGUUCGCUUCGGACAGUUUGUUUUUGAGGGAGUAUUUAUUGAUCCCUGUGACCAAAGAUUCUCCUUUCUAUGAGAAUGGUGAGCGGGUGACGGAGCCUCCAGCUCCUAGCCAUCGUGCCUCCAUCUCAGGUAUGCCUACGAGAGACUUUUCCCCCGGCAGUCCCGACGAGAAGAAAAGUUUUGAUGAGUUCCUCAGUAGAUUGGAUUCUUCUCUUGCUGACAUAAAGAAACAUGUGGAAAAGACUAAGGAGAACAGCGAGUUCGUAAAGGACCUAGAAGACGGGUUCGUGCGGCACCGGCCGACGGCGCGACUUCGGCAGUCCCAGUCGCUGGGCGCUUCCACUUCAUACAACGAGGUGAUUCCGCCGCCGCUGCCGCCGCCGCCGUCGACGUUGACUCAAGGGCGUCGGGUGGACUCCUCGCUGCGGCGGCUCGAGAGGGUGCACGAUGAUAUCUUCCAGUUGUAGCGCCCGAGACAGCGCAGAUAUGCGCGUUUCCAAUGAGCGCGAGCCCAGGCGGUUCACGCAUCGGGUGCGAUCCGAUUAGGUCCUCUGUGAUCCGAUCCGAUCCACCGAACUCCAAUCGGAUCCCCCGUGAUCGGAUCGGCCGAUCCCGAUCAUGAUCCAAGUACACGGGUGAGUCACCGCCCUAGAUCAAGCGCAGUGGUUAUUAGAUAAUGAACUAUACCACGAUCUGUUCAGUUAACGUGAAGUGAAGCAUAAAUUAAUAAAUAGAUACAAUUUUGAGGGCCGGUCUCCGCUUAAGCGAAGAUGACAUAAGCUCAGGACUGUGUUUCCAAUUACGGUAAUCAGAGGUACGUUUAUCGCAUGGUGAACUCAGUAUUCACGCCUCAAAUUUCUAAUAUUAGUAGUAAUUUGAAAAUAAAUAUAUGUAUGUAAGAAAUAUAAUACUCCACUACGCAGAAAAAACCAGAUAUGUGUGCAUUACACGCAUAUUAGGUAGAUGAAGAUGACGAAGAGAUUAACCCAGAAUCAAAGUAAUAAUAAUCAUUGGCCCCGAUUCCUGCAAACACCUAAUUUUAUUUUAAGUUAUACCCGUCAUUUUCUUAUCAGCUGAAAAGGAAAGGGACGGAUGAUUGACAACUGUUAAUUUUAAAAUGAGUGAAUACUCAGGCGAAUUUUAUAGGCAUCUUGCUGUUAUGCAACCCGUUUCACGUUUUAUUGGCGAAUAUAUAAUUUUGGGAGGGUUUUAAAAUUCCUGCCUAAAAUUGACGUUUGUUCCAUAAAUUUUAUGCCUGUCGAUUAUACGUCCCUUUCCUUUUCGGCGGAUAAGAAAAUGACAGGUAUAACUUAAAAUUAGAUGUUGUGUACAGGAAUGAGUCUUAUAUCAUAAAAGGCGGUAGAAAGUGGUUACGCAAGCUAUGGGGUUAGUGGGUAAACUAGCCGAACCGUAAAUAUAGUGUAUUUAGUACUGACUGAAUAAUCUACUAUUCUCGCUUAAGUCAAGACUGACCCUCAUAUAACUAUACGCAUAGGAAAGAGAUGGAUUAAUAUAUAACACAACUUUCCUUAUUUAUUAUAAAUUAAAGUGUUGCCACAUCCAUAGGUGGGUCAAGUCAAGACUGACGGACAAUUAUCGUCGUGGAUCAAUGCACUUACUUUCGUCGCCUAUAUAGAAAACCUAGUAAGCGUCUUUUUUUGAAAAAAUUAUAUUCUGAUCAUUCUUAUGUGAUUUUCUUCAAGAAAAACUCGAUUUCAUUCUAUUAAUUUCAUUUCAAGUAAAAAUUGAGACUGCAAAUGUUAAUUUGGAUUGAAACUAGCAUGUCUAUUGCCAAGGUUUUGUUAACAAAUAUCACAUCCGAAUGCGAUUUAUUUUUCAAAAAGAUGUCCGGCCAAGUAGUUAAUGCCAUCUGCGGCAAAUCUACAAUAAAUCACGUCAAAAAAAAAAAAAAAACAAAAAUUGCUUACUUAGUUUAGAGUUAUGUAAA